GGAUUUUGUUUCUACCUUAAACAAAGUAGAUGUCCAGCAAAAUAGCAGCUUGAAGGAGGCAGUCAAUUUGUUCCAAGACACUAUCGAAGAGUAUAGGAGAAUUCACAACCUUGAAACGCAAGUGAAUUUAAAAAAAAGGGAGGAGCGUGUGAAAUCGAUAUCUGAAACUGCAAAGGCUUUUGAGGAUUUUGUUCUCAAGUAUGCGCAACAUCAUCUCAGUGAAUCAAUGCCACAAAUCUACAGGGUUUACGAAACACUAGUUCUGCUUCUCCAGAGAGCUUCACACGGAAAUAAUCAAGAUUUCUACCUCGUGGAACCACAAAAAGUCGAAUAUAUUAGAAUACCUUCAAGAAUCGUUGGAAGAAACGGUUCAUUGCUGGUGGGUAUCAUAUACACAGAUCUACAUGCGCUCUUCAAACCAACUCGAAUCGACAACAAUACAAGGAGCCUUAAUUCAAAACUAAUAGCAGCGACGAUGGAUCCAAUGCCGAAACAAUUGGAACAGAAUGUCAUCAUGAGAUUCAGAAAUAUCAAGGCUACUGAUACUAAAAGGCAGUGUGUGUUUUGGAAUGAAUUUAAUGAAGAGAGUCCAGACGGCUGGUCUGGGGAGGGCUGCCAUGUGGUAACGUCAGAGAGCAAUUCAGAAGAAACAGAGUGUAGUUGUAAUCAUUUGACUCACUUCGCGGUUUUAUUCGAGUACGAUGGUACUCAAACGAUAACAGGAACACAUCAAAAAACAUUGAACAUCCUUACGUACAUGGGCUUAGCUCUCUCCCUCAUUGGAAUAACAAUUACUGUGUUCUCCUACAUUUUCCUAAGUGAUAUGCACCAACCUCUCUCUCAAAUAAGAGUGAGUCUGACUGGAUCUCUUGGAGCUGGGCAAGUCAUUUUUCUUGCUGGAAUUAACAAAUCAACAAUCACGGCUACCUGUGUCGCUGUGGCGGCUCUGAUGCAAUACUUUUUUACGGCCGCUUUUUGUUGGAUGAUGGUGGAGGGAAUUUACCUUUACUUGUUUAUUGUGAAAGUUUACAACAUUAAAAACCGGAUGGCUAUCUAUCAUGCUUUUUCAUGGGUUUUUCCUGCAGUAAUGGUCAUUAUUUCUUUGAGUAUCGCUGCAGGAAAAGACGGAAUCAAGAGCUUUGUCGACGAUGAACACUGCUGGAUGUCUUCUGCAAACAAUCUUAUUUGGAUUUUUGUUGCGUUUGUGAUAAUAGUUGAAGUGCUGAACAUACUGAUUCUUGUGCGAGUCAUCAGAGAAAUGACCAAAAUGCAGCAAAAAAGGGGAACUAUUCAACACGUACGACUUGGGAUAAGGACAUGUGUUAUUUUGCUUCCUCUUCUGGGAUUCACUUGGUUGUUUGGCCUUUUGUCACCAGUGCAUAGAGCAUUCACCUACAUUUUUAUCAUCCUUAACUCUACUCAGGGUUUCUUGAUUUUUCUUCUUCAUUGCGUUAGGAACAGUCAGAUUCGAGAUCGACUGCAACAAAGAAUUGGCAUGAUUUUCCCUGCCACGGAAGACAGAAACCAGCCAAAAGUGAUGCCGAUGGAGUAAAACAAAAAGAAAACAAAAAUUCAAAUGCAGCCAACUAGUUUAUUCCAGAUUCAAAAUCAACAAGCGCCAAGCCAUAGAGCCUAAUGGAAUGGCACAGUCUAAGAGAUAGAGUUUACAAGUUUGUUAGUCAGCUCGUCGCGGGAAUAGUAAUUAGCUAUUAUGAUUCUUCACGUAAAACAAGAAACACUAAAAAACGUGCGUCAUGCGUCAUGCGUGCUGAGUCUAUCGUGAGGUGUGUGGCGUAUCAUAUGCGUAAAACGUGAGUCUCGAGCCGUGUGUUUCGCUCUCUGAAUAAAGGAUU